UUGACUUUCACUCUUCGCCAAGGGCUCGCAGAACACCUUAAAGGAAAAAAGAUGGAGGCGCUUAGAGUUCAGAUGUUCAUGCCAUGCUCCUUUGAAAGCUUGUGUCUCAGUUCUGCGGAGCAUCCUGGGGCCUCCAAGCCUCCAAUAAGCUCCUCCAGUAUGACAUCACGCAUCUUGCUACGCCAGCAACUCAUGCGUGAGCAGAUGCAGGAGCAGGAACGCAGGGAGCAGCAGCAGAAGCUGCAGGCGGCCCAGUUCAUGCAACAGAGAGUGCCCGUGAGUCAGACACCAGCCAUCAACGUCAGUGUGCCCACCACCCUACCCUCUGCCACCCAGGUGCCAAUGGAAGUCCUUAAGGUGCAGACUCACCUCGAAAACCCCACCAAGUACCACAUACAGCAAGCCCAAAGGCAGCAGGUAAAGCAGUACCUUUCUACCACUUUAGCAAAUAAACAUGCCAACCAAGUCCUGAGCUUACCAUGUCCAAACCAGCCUGGCGAUCAUGUCAUGCCUCCAGUGCCGGGGAGCAGCGCGCCCAACAGCCCCAUGGCUAUGCUUACGCUUAACUCCAACUGUGACAAAGAGGGAUUUUAUAAAUUCGAAGAGCAAAACAGGGCAGAGAGUGAGUGCCCGGGGAUGAACGCACAUUCGCGAGCGUCGUGUAUGCAGAUGGAUGAUGUAAUUGAUGACAUCAUUAGCCUAGAAUCAAGUUAUAAUGAAGAAAUCCUGGGCUUGAUGGAUCCUGCCUUGCAAAUGGCAAAUACGUUACCUGUCUCGGGAAACUUGAUUGACCUUUAUGGAAACCAAGGCUUGCCACCCCCAGGCCUCACCAUCAGCAACUCCUGUCCAGCCAACCUUCCCAACAUAAAAAGGGAGCUCACAGCGUGUAUUUUUCCCACAGAGUCUGAAGCAAGAGCAUUGGCUAAAGAGAGGCAAAAAAAAGACAAUCACAACUUGAUCGAACGAAGAAGAAGAUUUAACAUAAAUGACCGCAUUAAAGAACUAGGUACUUUGAUUCCCAAGUCAAAUGACCCAGACAUGCGCUGGAACAAGGGAACCAUUUUAAAAGCAUCCGUGGACUACAUCCGAAAGUUGCAACGAGAACAGCAACGUGCCAAAGAACUUGAAAACCGACAGAAGAAGCUGGAGCAUGCCAAUCGGCAUUUGCUGCUCAGAAUACAGGAACUCGAAAUGCAGGCUCGCGCCCACGGACUUUCCCUUAUUCCGUCCACGGGUCUCUGCUCUCCAGAUUUGGUGAAUCGGAUCAUCAAGCAAGAGCCGGUUCUGGAGAACUGCAACCAAGACCUCCUUCAGCAUCACGCAGACCUGACGUGCACGACCACUCUUGAUCUCACGGAUGGCACCAUCACCUUCAACAACAGCCUCGGGCCCGGGACCGAGGGCAGCCAGGCCUACGGCGUCCCCACGAAAAUGGGAUCCAAACUGGAAGACAUCCUGAUGGACGAUACGCUGUCUCCGGUUGGCGUAACUGACCCUCUCCUUUCGUCAGUGUCCCCCGGAGCUUCCAAAACCAGCAGCCGGAGGAGCAGCAUGAGCAUGGAAGAGGCCGAGCACCCCUGUUAGCACCGCCCGCUCGCGCCGCGGACUGCUGCCUCUCUUGAUUAGUGGAUUUCACAAUUUACCUGGAAGGGGUUUUCUUGAUAAUUUUACUUUAAUAUGAAAAAAUUUUUUUUCAUGCUUUAUCCAUAGCCCAAGAUAUAUUUUAUUUUUAGAAUUUUGUGAAACAGACUUGUAUAUUCUAUUUUACAACUACAAUUGCCUCCAAAGUAUUGUACAGCGAGUGUGCAGUAUCUGUGAACUGAAUCCACUGCAGACUUCAGUUUUCUGAGCAAGAGGAUUUUGCAUCAGAGAAAUGUCUGUCCAUUUUUAUUCAGGGGAAACUUGAUUUGAGAUUUUUAUGCCUGUGACUUCCUUGGAAAUGAAAUGUAAUGUUUAAUUGAAAGAAUGUAAAAAGCAACCAAAAA